AUGCUCGCAGAUGCGUUUAUCAAAGCUCAUGCCGGAGCUAAAAAGGUGCAGGCCAGAAAGGCGGAUAUCUUUAGAAUCGCCCAAAGAGAUGAUGAACUGCUAUGUGAGUUUGUAAACCGCUUCCAAAGGGAACGGAUGGAACUGCCCCCGGUUCCGGAGGAAUGGGCAGCGCAAGCUUUCACCAAGGGACUCAAUCCCCGAAGCUCGACUGCCUCGUUCAAACUGAAGGAGAACUUAUUGGAGUACGAGGCUGUAACCUGGGCAGAUGUCCAUAACAGGUACGAAUCUAAGAUUCGGGUAGAGGACGAUCAGCUCGAACUUUCCCCGGGCCCAAUAAAUAUGAGCAAAAACUUUGAGAGAUCGAGAAAAAAUUAUGAACCGGAAGCUAGACCAUCAAGGGAAAGGUACCGACCGUAUGCUCAAUCAGAGAAGCCUAGCUUCAGGUCGGAUAAAUCAAGGAGCGGCCUCAAUCACUUCUCUAAUAGGGGCGAUAAACAAGCUGACCGUCCGUCAAACAGUCGAGGCUUGUCAUUUAGAAGUGACACCGGCAGUUCGGCUAGCAAUAAAGACAUACCGAGGUUAUCGGAGUACAACUUCAACAUUAACACCUCGGACCUUGUCUCGGCUAUCGGGCAUAUCACGGAAGCUAGGUGGCCAAGGCCAUUAAGAUUCGACCCGGGUCAGCGGGAUCCGAACGUGAUGUGUGAGUAUCAUGAGACCCAUGGGCACAGAACUGAAGAUUGUCGUCAACUAAGGGACGAGGUGGCUCGUUUAUUGAAAAAUGACCACCUUCGAGAAUUUCUGAGUGAACGAGCCAAAAGCCAUUACAAAGAAAGGGAGAGUCAUAAACGAACCGAGCCCGUGAAACCUCAACAUGUGAUCAAUAUGAUAAUAGGAGGAACGGAUGCUCCACGAGAACCGGUGAUGAAAAGAACAAAGGUCUCAAUUAUACGAGAAAAGCGGACCCAGGAAUACGUACCCGAGGGCUCUAUCUCCUUCAGUAACGAGGAUACAGAAGGCAUCAUUCAACCGUGCAAUGAUGCUUGGUAA